ACAGCAGUGAAAUGGAAAAUCUCAGUGCAUUGAACUUGGAUGGCUCGAUCGCGACUUCGAUCGCGUUGUCACGGUCACGACACUCGUGAUGGUUCGCGUCACUGACUUACCAUUUGCAGGAAAGUGAUCGAGCGCGAGUCACUUGGCAAAUGUGCAUUGAGUGUCUAAAGUUGCCUCCUCUUCAUCGCCAUUGCGACCUUCCAGCUAAAAUAGUAAUCAUGGCUUCAGAAGCAAGCUCCAGUAAGGGCGAAUUUGACAUCUACCAAACGUACCGAAAGAUUCUCGACGAUGAGGAGAUGUUGCAUUAGAUGUCACCUCCAUUGGCCGCGAUCUUAUCGCUUUCUCAGCUUAUGGUGGAGUCAAACGCCGGGACAAUGUUCGAACUUGUAAAGGAACUCCAUGAUGGAGCUGAGGAACUCAAACGACAUACCACAAACCCAAUCAGUCUUAACGCUGGUUGUGAACUCUUCAUCGCUUUCGUUACCCUUUUCCCCCAUGAAUCCGAUAGUUUUGCCGAACUCAAGACCGAGCUGGUGAAACAAGGACAAAAAUACGCCAAAGAGGCGAUUUCGUAUAGGAAUAAGAUCGCCGAGCUCAUGCUGGAUUUCAUCAAGGACGAUUCAGUAAUUCUCACGCAUUCAUACUCUCGAGUCGUUAUGAGAGCUCUCCUUCAUGCACAUAAAACGAAGCGUAUAUCUGUGUACGUGACCGAGGCACGCCCUCGUGGAUUAGGUGUAAAGACACAUGAAGUCUUGACCGCCGUAGGAAUUCCGUGUACCGUUGUUCUUGAUUCCGCCGUGGCCUAUGUGAUGGACAAAGUAGAUUUUGUUCUCGUUGGCUCGGAAGCGGUUGUGGAAAGCGGAGGGCUGAUCAAUGCGGUGGGAAGUAAUCAGAUGGCCAUUAUCGCAAAAGCUGCUCAUAAGCCGUUCUACGCGCUUGCAGAAAGCUAUAAGUUUCAUCGACUAUUUCCGUUAUCUCAGUAUGACUUGCCUACACAUAACCCAAGUAUUCUAUCUUUCCCUUCCUUACCUCCACGACCUUUCGUCACCCCCCCUACGACAUCCGGAGUUUCUCCACCGAUCGCGAAGAGUGGGAUCGACGAGAGCUUGAACGUGACACCAACGUCUUCGAGUGAGAGAUCAAUGAGCGCAGAAAUGACGGCGAAGAACCCAGAUGUGGACUACACACGGCCAGACCUCAUAUCCUUGGUAUUCUCGGAUGUCGGGAUCCUCACCCCCGAGGCCAUAAGCCAGUACUUGGUUGCUAUGUUUGCAGGAUGAGAUGGUUCGGCUGCGACCGGCUCUGCUGAUAGUUUGGGUAGAGAUCUCCUCCGUGCGAUAGAGUUCGCGAUAACCUUUCUUGCGGACAUCCAGGAUACAAUCCCUUCAGGAUCCACGUGUAUAGGCGCUGUUCUCUCCCCAGGCCCGACGCGUUAAUUCAGCUUUAUGCACGUCCUCAUGCUUGAUCAUUGUCCGAAGCAGAAUAUCGAACUUGGUACCUCAUCUGUAAGCGUGUAGAUGCAAUACCAAAUUAGGAGGCGGCGUUUUCGUCGCCUUACAGUGUCGAAGAACGU